AGAGCGAGACGUAACGAGUUCCGCGGUUUAAUAUUAGGCUAAUUUAUUUUAUUAAACACAAAACUAGAUCAGCUUGACAGUUUAAUAUGCAUCCUAAGGGUUAUUUAAAUGUCCCAACCGUUUUGUGUGUAGUACAAAACAUGAGAACAAAUUAUUAGUAUUAAAUACGAGCUUCUCAGUUACCAUGGUAACGGAAGCAGCUAGCUUGCUAGCGUCGUAAACGGCUCAUCGUUGAAGCAGACCCGAUGUGUCUCACUCGACAACGAGCAUCGCUUGCAAUCUUUUUGGGUUUUAUUUUCGUUUAAAACAUAAAUAAUAGACGCGCCGCACUGAGACGACAAAUGCAGGAUUUAUUUUUAGAGGAUGGACGAGACACGCAAGGUGAUCAGAACCUGAAGCUCAGGUAAACGACAAUCCGCUGAUGGAGAUGUCCCGUCACAGACCAUGAAGAAAAUAUUCAACUUUAAGAGGAAGAAGGGCUCCCCCAGCCCCUCUGAGACGGGGAGCGUGUUGUCGGCCAGCUAUGAUGUGAAGGAGAAAGACCUCGGGAAGGUCCACAAGGCUGCAUUCAGCGGAGAUGUGGUCAAACUCAGACAGCUGGCCAAAAAGAAUGAUUUAAACCAGCUGGAUAAAGAGAACAGGACUGCGCUGCACAUCGCUUGUGCCUGCGGACACACAGAUGUGGUUCAGUUCUUAGUGGAGAGCAAGGUGAAGCUGAACUUAUGCGACAAUCAGAACCGCUCUGCCUUAAUGAAGGCGGUUCAGUGUGAGCAAGACCGCUCCGUCUCUUUGCUCCUGGAACAUGAGGCUGACCCCAACCUGGUAGACAUCAAUGGAAACACUGCGCUGCACCUGGCUGUCCGUAUCCCCUCCCUCCCUGUGGUGCUGCAGCUCCUGGAGCACUCGGCCAACAUCAACGCACAGAACAAGGAUGGCAACACUCCACUGAUGCUGGCUGCCAUGGAAAACCAUGCGGACAUGACAGAGCUUUUACUGAAAGAGGGAGCGGAUGUUAAUGUCAAGAAUCAGGAGCAACGGUCUGCGUUGAUGAUAGCUGCAUGCAACGGACAAAUCAGCAUGGUGCGUUUGCUUCUGCAGUACGAUGCAGACAUCACGGUGAAAGAUGACAAGGGUUGGUCUUCUGAUGAUUAUGCUGUCAUGAACGGACACCACGCAUGUUCACAUCUGAUUAUCGAACAUGGGACGAAGAGAAGAUCCGUUCAGUCACCUUCCCAUUUCACUGCCAGCAAAAAGAAACAGACGUCCGCGCUCGGCAGCCCUGGUGGUGUUGGGGCCGGUUUGGCUUUGGGAGGACCAGCUGUGGAUAAGGAUGCAGCAGGAAGCAGGUCCGCAGGAGCAGGGAAAGAUACAGAAGACAAUUCUCACACAGACUCCAUUAGCAGGGCAUCAAAAAGUGGUGCUGCUGAUUCCUGGCCUUCAUCCGAUGAUGAUGACGACGAGUUAGAUUUGAGCCCAAAGAAACAGAAAGUAAACUUGAAGAAACUCAUAAGCUCCUCAAAAAGGGAAAAUGUAGAAGUCAUAGCAGAUCAUAAUGCAGACAAAUCCUGGAGCGGAUCAGAGUCUGAACCAGACAGUGAGGAUAAGGGUGCAAUCUGCCCACCACUGUCUGGACCACUCCCCUCCAGCAGCACCUCUCUCCAACCCCCUGUAGAAACCACUCCUGCCUCUUUAUCCCACCCACCCCAGAUGAGCUCCACUCCCUUCAGCAGCACCCUUAAGGACGAGGUCUUUACAGAGGACGAAGAAGAAGAUGAGCGGAAAGAACCAGAGGAAUUGUGUGAAAAGGCUAAAGAUUCUACAAAUGGUGGUGCUAGCAAGGCGAAGCGAAGAGAUUUCCUUUCAGAAUUGGGACUUGAAAAAGAUGAUGAAAAUGACGAAUCUCCCUGGGAUUCAGAGUCUGGUUCUGAGAGCCCACAGAAGAAACAGGCCAGUGCUCAACACACUCCCGCCAAAUCACAUAGAUCUAUGUACAGUAUUUGUGAGGAGAACACUGAAGACUUAUACGUUCCCUCCUUCGUAAGAGGAGGGAGGAACAUUAAUUUAUUGAGAAGUAUAGGCCAGCCAGGAGGCUGCAGGCCGAUGGUUGUAAGAAAUGACGAUGACGAUGAUGAUGAUGAUGAUGAUGAUGAAGAAGAAGAGGAAGAGAAGGAAAUUGAAAUGCCACCCAAAGUGAUCAAAAGGGAGCCAGUCUCUGUUCUUAGUAAGCUGAUGGAUUCAAAAGAAGCUAAUAAGAAAACAGACCUGAUGGAAGAGCUUGGUUUGGGGGAUGCUGAUGAUCUUGAAGAUGCUUCAGACUGGGACUCUGCCAGCACCACCAGUAAAGCCAGUAAGAACUACCCAGUUCAUAAGCUAGAAGAGGAACCCAUCUUUGAAAGCCCAGCACCCUCCGCACUACCCACAACACCUCAGCAACAGGACAUAGACACCAGUGAACAUACAGAAGCCAAUACAGAGAGAAACAAACCCACAACCUCGAGCACAACACCUCUACCUAGUCCACGAUCUCUCAACCCAAACGCCAGCUCAAAACCCCAACCACUGCCACGGCUGCGCUUGGACUCCAAUCAGAGGCCAGAGAGUGAAGAAUCGGACUGGGAUAUGGACACUUCCAGUCCAGCCAAGAAGACAGCUUCACUGCCAAAUGUUGCUGAGCCUGAUGCGGUUCAUCAGCAGAAACCCAAAGCUGAAGAUGCUGAGAUUGAAGACAGUUCUGAUGCAAGCGAAGAUGCUGAUCAGGCAAGAGAGGCAUUACAAGCAUCUUCCAUAGACAUAAAUAGGCCAUCUAACCAUGAACCACUGGAUCACCCAACCUCUACUAGAGAGGACGAAGAGGAAAAAUCUGAUGAGAUUCCCUGGGAGGAACGCUAUGAGAAAAUCUGGGUGGAUAAUGAAAAAAAGGAGACCAAGUCCCAAUAUAAAAAUGUGGCUGCUGAACUAAAAGAGAAGUUUGGAGAACUGGAGCACAAGGAAUCACCAAGCGGCCUUUCAGAGAACGAGGGGAAUGAAGAUGAACAAUUUAAUGAUGAGGAGGAAAAGAAAGAAGCGGAAAAGGAAGCAGAUGAUGAAGAUUCCAGUGAAGAAGAGGGAGAGCCGAUAGUGCGGCCCACUGCCCGGGCGAGAAGUGCCAUACUUUUGCCCAUUCCAGAGCAGAGAGAGUCAGGCCUGGAGGACUCUCAGUCUGAAAGUGUCCACCGCACUGUUAGCAUUGAGGUCAGUGACGCAGAGCUUCCCAGCGACCAACUCAACGCUCAAAUCAUCCCAGAAGUCCUAAUAGAUGAGGCUCAGGAGCCAGAGAAGCGAGCGGAUGACAUUGAGGAACCUGAUAUUGGAAGCAAAGAAAAGUAUCCACUAGACACUGGAAGCAACGUAGAUGAAGAACCGGAAGAACUUCUCAGACCUCUAUUGCUUGUUGAGAAUGAGCUACAAGUCCCACAGAAAGUUCUCGAAGUGCCCUCUCCUGACUCCGAUGAGGUUGACGAAGGCUUGUUGAAGUCCAGCCUUGAGGAUGGUAAGGAACAGGCAGAUGGCAUGAGGGGAGAACACCAGCCCAGUGCUUUAUGGGAUACUAGAGGAACCAGAGAUCGAGGUGAACUUGACCAAGGAAAAGGGAAGAAAAUUGACACCAACUCUGAGAACCCAAAACCUAAACAGGAAGGGAUGGCUGACAGCAGGUCUUUGGGACGGGAGGGUAGUGUUUCCCCAAGACAUCUGACAAGAAGUUUGAGAAGUACUGACAGGGUACCACCACAUGGUGAGGAAGAUGAGGAGGAACGAAAGAAAACUGUAGGUAGCCAAGCCAGAAAUCUUCGUGUAGCUCCCCCUCUGCAGGGCAAACCCUCCCGACCUGCGACCCACCAUAAUGGAGACCUCGAGUCUGUCUUUGAUGAUAGUACUUUAAGUGAGCUGUCGGAAGAGGACAGGAGGUCCCCGUCUUUAAGGCGUAAGAAGGAACAGGUGAGCUUUCUUCCUGAUAAGAGCACUGGAGAGCUGGAAAUGGCAGAUGAUUUUGAAGAUCUUACCCAGUCUUCUGACACAGCUACUGAGGAGCUGGAGACCCCAGUAUCAGGAUACCGCAACGCCUCUUUGCUCUUCAAACAACUCGACUCAAGCUAUCUGGACUCUGUUAGUGUGGUGAAACUACAAAACAUGUUUCAUGAGUAUGAACGCACCAUCCAGAGGGAGAGAGACAGACACAGUCGUCUGGCAGAUAAAACAUCUCAGCUGGAGCAGGAACGCAACGAGCUCAAGAUCCUGCUGGAUGAGAUCAGAGGCAGCAAGUCCAGCCUGGAACAUAUCAAACUGGAGCUGGAAACAGACAUGAACAAUCUCAAGUUCCUUUUGAGACAGGAACAGGAAAAGCAUCAGAGCGCUCUCAUGCUGUAUAAUAAAACCCGCGAGCAGCUCCAGAGGAAAGAGGAGCAGCAGCGAGCCGAGGCCGAGGAGCGCCACAAAGCCGAUCUGAAAGUCCGCAGCUUGGAACUGGAGAUCAGAGCCCUGAAGAACACCAUCAAACAGAUUGAAGAGGACAGAGAUGAGUCUCAGCGUCUCUUGUCUCAUGAGCGCAGUGCUCGUGCCCUACAGGAGGAGUUACUCAGCAACCACCUGCGUAAGCAGCAGGACAUUGAAGAGGAGAACCUCAGAAACCUCAACAAGAGCAAUGAGGCUAUGUCCCAGCUAACAGAGGCAUCAGACCGUGAGCGAGAGUUGAUGCAACAAAACCGAGCCCUACAGGAUGAACUGAGCGGCGCUCGGGCUGAGCUGGACCGCUCGCAGUGCCACAGCCGACAGGAAGAAUCACGGCUGGCGGAGGAUCGCGACGCCCUUCGCGAGAGACUGGAGGACGCCCGCAGGGACAUGAAACUGAGCGAGGAGGCCUUGGCCCAGACCGUGUUCCAGUACAAUGGGCAGCUGAGCGCUCUGAAGGCCGAGUGCUCUGUGAUCACGGCUAAACUAGAUCACGAGAGGCAGGUGAGGCAGCAACUGGAGGCCGAGGCUGAGGCGAGCAGAGCAAGACUUCAAGCAGCUCUACAAGAGGCCGAGAGAUGUCAGGCGUCACGCACGGACGCAGAGCGCACUCUCCAGCGGGACCGCGAGGAGCACCAGCGGGCGCAGGAAAAGCACAUCUUUGAGUCCAGUAACCAGCGGGACACCAUCCAGUCCCUGUCCCAGAAACUCAGCAAAGCCGAGGCGCGGGGUAACAGCUUGGAGAACGAGUGUCACCGCAACGCUCUGACCGUCGCUGAGAAAGGCGUGCUGUUGGAGACUCUGGCCCGGGAGAAAGACCAGGCCCUGGCCAAACUCAAAGAACUGGAGGCCGCGGUACUGAGCGAGAGGGAGCUGGCCAGUCGUGCCGGGGCCAAACAGGAAGCCGUGCAGGAGCGGCUGGCCCAGGCUCAGAGCGAGAACGCGCUUCUACGACAGCAGCUCGAGGAGGCCCUCAACAAGGGCUCGGCGAAGGAUAAAGCCGUUACAGAUGUGCACCAAAACUUUGCGGAGAUGCUGAACCAGUUGCGUGCGGACGGAGAAGAGAGAGUCCACCUGGUGGAGGAGAGAAGCAAAGAGCUGGCUAAGACGAACGGCGAGCUGAGAGAACAGAACUACAAACUAGAGCAGGAGAAAUCUGAGAGAGAGGCUUCUCUGAGGCAGCUGCAGCAGGAGCUGGCUGACUGUCUGAAGAAGCUGUCCAUGUGUGAGGCUUCUCUGGAGGUCAACACACGGUACCGUAAUGAUCUGGAGGAAGAGAAGGCACGAACACUCAAGGACAUGGACAGAUUGAAGGGAAAGCUGCAGGAGUCUGAGGAAGUGUACGUCCAGGCUGAGAAACGCGUCAGCCAGCUGAAGAGCUCUCUGGACGAUAAGGAGCGAGAAAGCUGCAGUACAGCUCAGAAACUAGAGGAGGCGCAAGCUGCUUCUACAGCCAAAGAACAAACCAUUAAACAGCUGGAGGACGCGGUGCAGAGGUUAGAGAUCGAGAACGCCAGGUUGGAGGCUACGGCCAAACAACAAACCAACCGCAUCGAGGUGCUCCAGAAAGGCGUUCAGGAGGGUGCUGCGCUCUCAGGCUCGUCACCUGGAGGAGGGGUCAGAAAUCGUUUGGAAGAUCUCGUGACGAACCUGCAGAGCAGUAAGAUGACGCUAGAAGAACAACUCAACCGAGAGGUGCAGAAGCAGAGUAUGCUAUCCCAUAAUGCCCAGGACUCACAAACACUGUGGGAGGAGGAGCUAAAGAGCCGUUCACGACUGGGACUCCGCCUCUCUGAGCUGGAGAAAGAGAAAGGCGAACUGACCAAUCAGAUGGAGCUUGAGAAGAAAAAGGCCAAAAAACUAACUGAGCAGAAGAAAUCUAUGGACACCCGUCUGGAGCAGGAGAUGAAGAGAAACACUGACCUUCAGAAAGAAAUGUACAGGUUGAAGACACUGUUGAAAACCGCUAAGAAGCAGCUGCGGGAGCAGGGCGGUGGACAGCUGGACUCUCCUCUGGGCAGCUUCAGAGCAGACGUGAGCCACCGGCUGGAGGCAGAGAGCGCCGUCGGCAGAAUGAAGACCCGGGUGGACGAGCUGCAGACUCAGUACGAGCGGGAGGCGUCGCGCUGCUCGAGGCUGGAAGAGGUGAACAGACAGCUGAAGGACAAGUUGUCGUCUGUGAAGAGCCUGAGCCGAAGCCACGAGCAGCUGGAGCGCAGCAAGAGGCAGCUGGAGGAGGAGGUGGUCAGUCUGCGCAGGCAGCUGGAGUCAGGGGUGAUGGACCAGAGCCAGGCCGAUCAGUACCGCCGGGACACGGAGGAAAGAGCCCGGCAGGAGAUCCGACACAAACUAGAGGAGGUCAACCUCUUCCUGCAGACGCAGGCAGCCUCUCAGGAAGCUCUGGAGCAGAUGAAAGCUGCAAACGAGGCCAGCCAGCGCGCUCAGCAGGAGCAGCGUAUCAGGGAUCUGGAGGGAGAGCUCAGCCGGUUACGCAGCGUUCAGCAGGACAGUCUGGUUCAGAGAGACUCCAGCCGCACAGAGCUGGAUCGCUACAAACAGCUGUACGGCGAAGAGCUCCGUCUCCGCAAGAGCCUGGCCGCCAAACUAGAGAGAUCGAACGAGCGCUUAGCGGAGGCCAACACUAAGCUCCUGAGCGAGAGGCAGCGCAGUAAAUCUCUGCUCACCAGCAGUAUAGUGAACGGCGGUUUAGGGGGCCCUGCUCUGGAUGUGGCAUCUCUGGGCUCUGUGGGGGCGUACGGGGCCUCUCUAGGACCCCUGAACAGGAGUCUGGGCCUCGGGACGCCUCUGCUGGGUACGGUAGGGGACUCCCAGAGCAGCCGCGUAGAGGCCUACCUGGCAAAGAUGCAGACAGAGCUGGAGAAGAACAUAUCAAAGGAGCUGGACUACGUGACCGGAGAGCUGGAAGGAGGAACGGCUCGCAUGUCCCCCGUAGGAUCGGCCUCUGGCUCUCAGAACCUGAACGUGAGUCUGGAGCCGCCGGACCCCGUGAGCAGAGCCACUCAGCAGUACCUGGAGGUGCUGAAGAAGAACUACAUGAUCUGACCCGCGGUCGGUCCACACACUGUGAGCACAAUCAACUCCAGCGCCUGAUCGCUGACCCACGAACCCAGAGAAAACGCCACUUGGUUUACUAAAGCUGUUAUGGUGCCUCCUUCUGGUCACUGAAGAUAUAGUUCAGAAAACGCAAAUCUGCUUUCAUCUAAAACGGACACUAAAUCGCUUGCUCUGCAGUGAAUGGGUGCCGUCAGAACGAGAGAACCUCAGAACCUCAUUCACUGCAGAAUACGUCUUUGAUUUCUUAAACUAAAUUCUCUUUGGGCUGAACUUUUCCUUUUAAUACUCAAGUCUGUCUGAACAUGUUCUUCAGAGUUCAACAUAAGGCUUGUUAUAAAAGUAGAAUAUGUUCAUAUUUGUAAAAACCCAGGCACCAGACCGAUUCCUGCUGGUCGGGAACCAACGUUUGCGUAUUUUAACUUUUUUUUUUGGACGAGUGAUAAACCGCGUGGAGACCGAAACAAGGCUGCCUGUCCGUACUUGCGUGUAUUAGUCCAGCCACCAAAAGGGCCAAAGUUUCGACGCUACAAUCAGUUUGCGAUCUUUAAUCGAUUGUGACGAUGCACUUUUGUGCCUCAGGAGCGAGUGAAAUGUGUGUUUAAGUCAUUCUGUCGUCGCUGAGGUUUAAGGUACGUGUGAAGUGCAGCUCUCAGUCUUUCGUUUUUAUCACACGUGAGGUUUUAGUUGACCGUGUGUAUAUAUUUUGGCUGUAUUUGUAGUCGAAGCAUAUUUUAAAGAGUGUUACAUUCGUACCGAUAAUAUUAUUGCCAAGUAAUGACAAUGGUACAUUCUGCUAUCGUGCAAUAUAUACACAAGUUAUUUUAUUUCAAAUGACCAAACACUCAUUUUGGAGAUGUUUUUUUGGGGGGAAAUUAAUGUUAUACUUGAAAGAGACAAAACUAGACAAUGAUCUGGGGUUUUUUUGUGAGAGUGUCACUGCUUCUCUGUGCUCAGGACGAAUCUUUUUGUGCGUGUGUGUGUUUGAGUAAUCUCCAGGUCGUAUUUUAGAGGUCGCAUAAAUUAUAUUUUGCAUAAUGUUAAUAAAUGAUUUUCUUUUGCACGAUAUUUUCUUAACGGUUAAGCUAUAAACACAUAACUUUACAUUAAUUGUAUUCAAAAAUUCUGAAGCUUUUUUACCACCAAGCUUUUUUUUUUUUUAGAUAUUUUAUUAAAAAUGAAAAUUUCAACUACUUCAGAACAGAAGCUACCAUGCAACAUGUUAUAUAUCUGCAUCUAAACAUACGAACGCAUUUGUGGUGCGUUUAUGACAAUUGGGAGCAGAAAAUGUGCCGAGCUGUUUUGCAAAAACUCCUCUUUAAAGGGUUACUCCUAUCCAAAAUGAAAAUAUCAUUAAUCACUUCCAAACCUAGAAAAGCUUCGUUCCUCCUCGGAAACGCAACUGAAAAUAUUUUUGGAUGAAAACCGGCUCAUUGACUGCCAAACAAUCACGACUGUGAACAUUAUGAAAGACUUCGUCAAAAUAGUCAACGUUUUGAAGCUACGAUAAUACAGUUAGUGUGCAAAGAAGAUAAAAAUAAUGACUUUAUUCCACUAAUUCUGAUUCUUUUCUGCACAUUCAGUGGUCAUUGUUUGGUAGUCCGUAGGAUAGAUUUCAUGAGGGUUGUAAUUAAUUACAGUUUUCAUCUUGGGUUGGUGUAACACUUUAAUAUGACCUUUAUUUUCAUUAUGCACGAUGUCUUUUUUUUGUUUAGUUUUUUUGUAGUGAAAUAUGACAGUAGCGCGUUUUAUUUAGUUUUCGGAUUCAUCUGUAUUUUUUAGUUUUUAAUCAACUGAAAUAUGUACAGUCCAAGCAUUUGAGUAUUGUUUUCGUCUUGAGAGGUUUCAGGUGUUAAAAAGCU